UUGAAGUUGUUUAGACAGGUCCAGCGAGAGAAAGAAAAAAAGGGGAGGCGGAAAGGAAGACAAAAAGAUCGUCUUUUUCCUUGCUGUUGCCUCGCUGAAUUCCGAGCUCCUUCCGUUAGCACCCAAAAAGUUCCCUUUUCUUGAGCUUCAUUUCAAUGUCGUCGUCGUCACCAUACGAUCUGUACGCCUGCGAUGCGGAGCUGCAGUUCCUGUCCGACCCCUUCUUCCCUUUCCCGGACACCGAGUCCAUCGACAUCCUCCAACCCAUCUCCGACCCCCAGAACCCGCUCCUCGAAUCGUCGCCACCCGAUGACCAUUCUCUUCACCACCAGCUCUCCGGCUCUCUGCUCUCGUCUUCCCCUCCGUGUCAACAGCUCGGGAGCUUGAGCCUUUGCCGGGCGAACCAGCUGCAGGCGGUGCCGAACGGUUCCAACGUGUCGAAUGGGGUCCCGAUCCUCGGUGGCUAUGAGGUCAAGAGCGAGGAAACCCAACUGUGCUAUGAGACUUACCCAUAUCUCGCUCGUAGUUAUAGUGGGCCCGAGAAUGUGGCCAAGUACUUGCAGAGGAACUAUAGCGGCAAUUCUGGGGAUGGGAGGUCUGUCCUGCUCCAUCAGGCCGUGAUCGAUGCUGUCGUGGAGGCUCCUGAUUUCCAGUACCAACAGGGCUUGAGCUCCCCUGAGCAUUGCCUGUUGGGCGGUCAAAUCAGGAGGGCGUGUAGCACGGGAGACCUGCAGCAGAGCAGCGUGACGCUGCAAUCGGAACCGCGAUCCUUCUCGACCCCUCUGGCCGCAGAGAGCUCCCUCACCGAGGAAGCAAAUGCCAAGGUGGGACGUUACAGUGCUGAAGAAAGGAAGGAGAGGAUCCUCAAGUACAGAGCCAAACGCACUCAGAGAAACUUCAACAAGACGAUCAAGUACGCAUGCCGCAAGACGCUAGCCGACAACAGGCCGCGCAUCCGUGGCAGAUUCGCACGUAACGACGAAACCGCCGAUGUUCCCAAGGUUUCGUCCGCCGGCAGAGACGAUGACGAGGAUGAGUUCUGGAUGACUAUGCAUGAGGAGGAGCAAUACGGAGGAACAGGAGGAGGAGGAGGAGGAGGUCCGUUUUUCACUACUUACAGUCAACCGCAAUUCCACUACUACGGGUACUGACCGAUGGAUCGAAGGGGUCCACGACGGAACGACGGUUGGAUCGCGUGGACUUUACGUAUAUAAAUUCAAGCAGGACUCCAAGUAUACACGACAACAAGGACUACGUAAAAUCGCAAAGAAGCAAGGAAUCGAUGCUUCGGUGCAGAAUCGGAAUCGUGAGAAAAGCCCUCUCGAUCAAGAAGCGAUCUGCGGGUGCUCUUUAAGAAUAAAGAGACAGCAAGUGUCUUUGGUUGAUGACAAAUGAUUUGCAGUUGGUAGGUAUUGACAAAGAGUAGCGGUCGUUAUAUUCCAAGAAUUCUCUUCUUGCCCCUUUGAUUUUUUCUUAUUUUUGGGUCAGAUUUUUGGGGUAUUUUCAUCCUUUGUAUCAUCUAUAGUGGUAUGAAUAAUAAAUGACUU